GUAGUUCCACAACAAUAAUACUAUUUGUAUUCAAAAAGGUAUGGCCUACAUCAUACUUCCUUAUAGUUAUAAACCCCAUUCUCCUUCUUAUCUGCCUGCUCUUCAACUUUAAAAAAUGGCGAUUCAAUUCAUUGCUCCAAAACCCCUAAACCCUCUUCUUCCUCUUCACAUUCAAUGCAGAAACUCAAUUUCUCCGUGCAGAGGAGCGCAAUUGUCGGAAUCAGUGGCGUGGGAGGAGCAAAUUCCCCCAAACGCUAUCCGCCGGAAGCGUGAUCCGUCGUGGCGCGGCGGGUUUAGCCUAGGGGUAGAUUUGGGAUUGUCGCGGACAGGCGUUGCCAUUAGCAAAGGCUUCACUGUUCGCCCCUUAACGGUACUUGAAUUACGAGGGCAGAAGCUUGAGCUUAGACUUCUUGAUCUUGCUGAAAAGCAGGAAGUUGAUGAAUUCAUCAUUGGGCUUCCGAAGAGCAGCGAGGGGAAGGAAACAGAGCAGUCGAACAAAGUUCGUAGUGUGGCCGGAAGGUUUGCAGCUCGAGCUGCAGAGAGGGGAUGGAGAGUAUACCUACAAGAUGAGCAUGGAACCUCUUCUGAGGCGCUCGAGCACAUGAUAGCCACAGGAGUGAGUAAAUCUGUGCGUCAAGGAAAACUCGAUGCUUAUGCUGCUAUGAAGGUGCUUGAAAGAUAUUUCAGUGAAUCGGGGAAGGGGAUUGAGGCUGUUGUACCCAAGCAGCCACACCUUCAAAACAAGCUGCGUGAAGGUCCUCCAAAGGAUAUAGACUUUUACUCACCAACCACCGAUACUUACUAACUGUUCAAAUUUUGUGUAUCGAGAAAUAUUGCAUGAAAAAUCAAAUUAUUCAAAAAAAUAUAUAUUGAAAA